UCAAGCGUCCCUCUGGGCCCAGGGCCCCGCACAGCAGGUGAGACUCUCCUACCCCAUCUCCCGUCGCCUGACACCUCGGUCCCGCCCUGCAGCAUCCUGCCCCUCCUGCUCCCCUUGCAGUCCGCCCGCCACUGCCUGGGCCCAGGCUCUCCCCAUGUCACCACCUGGAUGCCUCUACCUCCCGAGGGUGUGUGGCGCCCCCCUCCUCUUCCUCCUGGGGCUGCUGCUGCUCCUGCUGCUGCCUGGGGCCCAGGGACUCCCCGGUGCUGGCCUGCCCCCCUCAGCCGCCCACACUGCCCGGAGGCAUUUGGGCUAUGGCUCCCUCAAACCCGCUGCUCACCUCGUUGGAGACCCCAGAACAAAGAAUUGGCUGCGCUGGAGAGCAAACUCAGACCAGGGCUUCCUCCUCAAUGGCUUCUCCUUGAGCAACAACUCCCUCGUGGUCCCCGCCAGUGGCCUCUACUUCGUCUACUCCCAGGUGGUCUUCUCCGGGCACAGCCACUCCCCCAAACCUCUCUACCUGAGCCACGAGGUCCAGGUCUGCACCUCCAGGUACUCCUCCCACCUGCCUCUGCUCAGCGCCCAUAAGAAUGUGGAUCCAGGGCCCGAGGGACACUGGAUGCGCUCCAUGUACCAGGGAGCGGUGUUCCUGCUCACCAAGGGGGACCAGCUGUCCACCCACACCGAAGGCGUCCCCUACCUCUUCGUCAGCCCCAGUAGUGUCUUCUUCGGAGCGUUCGCUCUGUAGAACUUGGAAAAACCCAAAAAGGAAAAUAAUUUUGGGUUUCAAGGCCUUCUCCAUUCUGACCAUUCCGAGGGUCACCGCCACCCCUCCUCUGCCCCUCCCAGCAGCUCAAGUCUCCCCCACUCAAGUCACCCAGAGCUUUGGCAGCAGGACCCAGGCACUCCUGGGAUCAGGCUCCCAAGAACCCGCCUGCUGGCCUAGGUGGGCCCGGACCCGGCCGUGGAGGAAGGACGCUGGCCGGAUGGCUGGAGGCAGGGAAGGAGGACUAUUUAUGAAGGAAACUUUAAGUUAUUUAUUUAUGGAGCCUGGAGAGAGGCCCCAGAGACAGAGCUCGAGGAGGCCGUCAGCGCUGAGAGAGCAAGGACGGUCUGGGUGGCUGAGGGGCUCUGGAAGGAAGCGAGAGGCUCUGCAGUCAGCCGCUGCUUCGCCCGACACCCACGAGGAGCCACCUGCACCCGGAUGAAGCCCAAUAAACCU